CGGCCACUCAGCCUUAACACGGAUCCGGGCAGACAGCAGGCGGCCUGUGACACAAAAUGGGAAACGCCGACACCAAACUUCACUUCAGGAAAGCGGUGAUUCAGCUCACAACCAAAACACAGCCUGUGGAGGCCACCGACGAUGUCUUCUGGGAUCAGUUCUGGGUCGACUCCUCUGUCACCGUCCAGGACGUUUUCGCUCUGGUUCCGGCGGCAGAGAUCCGAGCUGUCAGAGAGGAGUCUCCGUCAAACCUGGCAACCCUCUGCUACAAGGCAGUGGAGAGGCUGGUCCAGGCUGCAGACACCGGCUGCCCCUCAGAGAAGGAGCAGCAGAUAGUCCUGAACUGCACCCGCCUGCUCACCCGCAUCCUGCCCUACAUCUUCGAGGACGCCGACUGGAGAGGCUUCUUCUGGUCCACGGUGCCCGGAGCCGGCAGAGCGGGGCGUUUGGACGAGGAUGACAACGAUGACGAAGCACGGCCGCUGGCUGAAUCGCUGCUGCUGGCCAUCGCCGACCUGCUCUUCUGUCCAGAUUUCACUGCUCAGAGCCACAAGAAGAGCAGCCCGGACACAGCCGAGGACAUUCGAUCCAUAGACAGCUGUGAGUACAUCUGGGAGGCCGGGGUGGGCUUCGCUCAGUCGCCUCCUCUAAACUACAUCCAUGACCUCAACAGGACGGAGCUGCUGAAGCUGCUCCUCACCUGUUUCUCUGAAGCCAUGUACCUUCCUCCUUCCUCUGAAAGAAAAAACACCAAUCCCUGGGUCUCCUUCUUCUGCUCCACAGAGAACAGACACGCCCUGCCUCUGUUCACCUCCCUGCUCAACGUGGUGUGUGCCUACGACCCCGUCGGGUACGGCAUCCCGUACAACCACCUGCUGUUCUCCGACUACCGGGAGCAGCUGGUGGAGCAGGCGGUCCAGAUCCUUAUCGUCACCCUGGAGCACGAGGCCGGGUCGGCCGCCAGCGCCGCCCUCCAGGCCCUGGACGGCUCCGCCUCCGCCUCAGCUGUGGAGGAGCAGGAGACGUCCGGACCCGAUAACCUCUUCGUGAACUAUCUGUCCAGGAUUCACAGAGAAGAGGACUUAAGCUUCAUCCUGAAAGGUCUGGCACGGCUGCUGAACAAUCCUCUGGUUCAGACUUACCUGCCGCGCUCCACCAAGAAGAUCCAGUUCCACCAGGAGCUGCUGAUCCUCUUCUGGAAAUUCUGUGACUUCAACAAGAAAUUCCUGUUCUUUGUGCUGAAGAGCAGCGAUGUGCUGGACAUGCUGGUUCCCAUCCUCUUCACCCUGAACGAUGCCAGAGCGGAUCAGUCUCGUGUUGGCCUCGUGCACAUCGGCGUGUUUAUCCUCCUGCUGUUGAGCGGCGAGAGAAACUUCGGCGUCCGUCUGAACAAGCCGUACACUCUCCGUGUCCCGAUGGACAUUCCUGUUUUCACAGGAACCCACGCCGACCUGCUCAUUGUGAUCUUCCACAAAAUCAUCACCAGUGGUCACCAGCGCCUCCAUCCGCUGUUUGACUGCCUGCUCACAAUCAUAGUGAACAUUUCCCCGUAUCUGAAGAGCCUGUCCAUGGUGGCAGCCAACAAGCUGCUCCACCUCCUGGAGGCCUUCUCCACACCCUGGUUCCUCUUCUCCCUCCCCCAGAACCACCACCUGGUCUUCUUCCUGCUGGAGGUCUUCAACAACAUCAUCCAGUACCAGUUUGAUGGUAACUGCAACCUGGUGUACGCCAUCAUCCGAAAGCGGAACAUCUUCCACCAGCUGGCCAACCUGCCGUCCGACACGGCGUCCAUUCAGAAGGCCCUGCAGAAGAAGAAGAAGUCUGGGAUUUCCAGGACCAACUCUACAGAUGCAGAGUCCAUGGAGGGCUCCAGACCUGCUGUACCUGCUGAGCCCGGCACACUGAAAGCCAGCUUAGAGGCCACUCCAGGUAUUGAUAAGAUAACAGAGAAGUCUCAGGUGGGCGAGGAUGGCACCAUGAUCGCGGUGCCACAUUCAGACCCUCCACAGUCCACUGCUGCCAGCGGUCCUGCAGCCGGAGCCAGCGACACAGAGUCCAACUCAGAGAGAGACCACGAGGUCGAUGGCACAGAGUCAGAAGCAGCGAGGAGUCGCUUGUCCAGCGUGUCGUCAUCCGCGGCCUGGAGUGCUAAUCCGGACUGGGUGUUGUCAUGGAAGACGAAACUUCCUCUGCAGACCAUCAUGCGGCUGUUACAAGUACUGGUCCCUCAGGUGGAGAAGAUCUGCAUCGACAAGGGUUUGACAGACGAGUCAGAAAUCCUGAAGUUCCUUCAGCACGGCACACUCGUCGGCCUCCUGCCCGUCCCUCAUCCCAUCCUCAUCAGGAAGUACCAGGCGAACGCCGGCACGGCCAUGUGGUUCCGCACCUACAUGUGGGGAGUCAUCUACUUACGCAACGUGGAUCCUCCAGUCUGGUACGACACAGACAUCAGGCUCUUUGAGAUCCAGAGGAUUUAGUGCCGCUGCUGCUCUGCAGACACUCACCUUCCUCACACCGGAGCUGUGAUCAGAGGAAGACUUCUGGAAACAAGCAGCGAAACUCUUCGCUGUUCCUGAAAACCUUCAGGCUGCACACAAAAAUGAAGAAGAAGAAGACGAAGAAAUGUGUCAAGGGACUGUGUAUCACAUGCAGCCUGCAGGAAUGCCAAAUGGUCAUUAAACCUGACAAUAGAUGAGACAUUUACUGAAUAUUAGUUUAUGCACUUUGCCAAAAAUAUAACAAGUAGUUUAAGUGACAAAGGGAAGUUUCUGCGUGUGGCUUCGUGACGUCUUGUAGAACAGACCCAGUGCUGUGUGUCAGUCUUUUUAACUCCUCGACAUGUGUGAACCUCCAGACACGACAGGCCGUCGGCUCACUGCAGGAUUCUGCUGUACUGACGGGACCUGAACGAGGUCUGACAGGAGACUGAAAACUGUACUGCAGAUCAGCUGCCUCAAUUAAAAUCUGAUCAGAUCGGCCUGAGCUCAGAGGACGUUAUUUCCUGCAAAGCAUUUUCCUCAAACACACUAUAUGGCCAAAAGUAUGCGGACAGGCUUUUCACCAGCUGGUGAAUUCCUGCCUCUUGUCAUAUUAAUACAGCUCAUCCGUCAGCUCUCAUGUCAUUUAACAAAAGCUUUAACAGUUUACGGUUUUAUUUUACGUGACAUUUAAUUUUUAUUGAUUUAAAGAGACACCCUGAAGGUCAUGUGAUGCACCAGAGUCAGUUCCAAAUGCAGAGAGAACUAGUCAGUGAGUAUUGUGUCACACAGGGCAGCAGGUUGGGCUCAUCAAGACAUUUUUAAGCAUUUUUAUUGCAGCAUAAUUCCAGCUUUAGUUAUUGGUUGAAGUGCUGCUGCCGGCUGAACGUACUGAAGCUUCUCGUCUGCUUGUAGUUUUCCAGCCCGUCGAGUUCUUCCACACCAAACGGAGAAAAGGCUUCUUAAUGGAGCUGCUUUGUGCACGGGGGCGUUGUCAUGUUGAAACAGGACAGAGACAAACACAAACUGUUGCCACAGAGUUAGAAGAACACCAUUGUCAAAUAUGACUGAAUGAAAUAGCAUUAAGAUUACAGACAUGUCCAUAUAUUAUAUAAACCAAAUAAUUUAUAAAGCGUAUCAUGAUGUUUUAUCUGCAACCCUGACCCCAAAACAGCUGAUG